UAUCAACGUAGGUUCAUUAUCAGAAUCCGAGUAGUAAUAACAAAAUAUAAUAAUAAUAUAAUAUUGUAGUUCAGAAGAGAAGUGUAAUCGCGAAAAUUUUAUUCUCCGUCAGUAUCUGCGGGUGACCUAAAUAUAUUUUUCGAAAAUUUCAACUUCCCGCGAGUGAACAAUUGUCAGGAUGGACGUGGACAAUGACCCGCUGGAUCAGAACCUACUGCGUCAAUUCAACUGUCUAUGCACAACAGAUAAAGAAAACCUGGUUAAAGGUCUGCGAGAACUAAUUGGCGACCAGCUCACAGAAUCCGCGGCCGUUUUUUUCUUAGAGAUGAACGAUUGGAAUAUGCAUAGAGCUGUUGGCACGUAUUUUGAUGUCAAUUCUGAAAAUGCUCUCCCUUCCAUGUCAUUAGUCAGAGAUGAAAACAGCGAAAAUGUCUUACAACUGCCACCAAAUCUUCGAUUUACCAAAUGUUGGGAAGUGAAAAACAAUGGCCGUAAUCCGUGGCCUCCUGGUUGCACUCUUCAAUUUAAUGGUGGAGAUUUUAUGUCUCUUUAUACAUCACUACCAACUACAACACUUGAACCUGGUGGCACCAUGACGCUAAGUACUGAUUUUGUGACACCAACUAAACCGGGAUCAUAUCAAUCUAAGUGGCGUAUGAUGUUACCUACAGGAACUUAUUUUGGAGAUACAAUUUGGACGUUAGUUCAAGUAGAAGACAAUGAUUCGUUCCAAAAUGAAUUAUCUAGACAACUUGUUGAAAGCAUUAAUUUAGGUUCUCCAACACAAAAUCCACAUAAUACACCAAAUCCAUUCUCAACAACUCAACAAAAUCAACUGACUGACCAAGAAAGUGACCAGACUCAAACAACUAUGGAUAGUGAUGUAUUGUGAUUAUUAAAUAAAUUGGUUAUUUGGGAUUCGCACUUGUUCUAUGUUGUUGGAUUUGUCAUUUUUAACUUUGUUACAAACAUCAUUACAUUCAUAAACAUUAGUUUUAACUAAACCUUUAAAUACUUAGCUGUAGCUUUAGGUUACCUUUAAUUAAUCUGUGUAAAGUUUUUAUAUAAAGUUUAGAAAUUAUAAGAUCUAUUAAAAUAAAAUAUGUUUUUUCUCAAAAAUAAUUUUGCCGCAGUUUGGGUCUAAUAUGCGACAAAAAUCAGGUGUUUGUUGAAUCAUUUGUACAGUUUAUAUUUUAUUGUUUUAUCUAUAUUAUAUAAUAUUAAUUUAGA